AUGGGCGGCUCACGCAUUAUGUCGCACGGCCGCGGCGGCGCCGGCAACAUCUAUUCCACCCCGGAGUCGCAGACCACCACCCCGCGCGAUCUCGUCACCCCGACCAUCAAGCAGGAGGUCUUCACCACCGGCCGCGGCGGCUCCGGCAACAUGAUGCACAAUGACCCGGAGCAUCCCGAGCUGGCGCGCGAAAGCCAGGACGUCGAGACGCCGCCGUUGCGCGUGGAGGAGGCGCCGCAUCAUAUCGGACGGGGCGGCGCAGCAAACACCUACACCCCCACCCCCGAAGAGGAAAAGAUGAUCCGCGAACAGGAGGAGGCACAGCUGCGCCGCGUGCGCACGGCGUCCAAGGAUCGGCGCAAGGAUCUCGAGCAGGGCAGCGGUGCUGAGAGUGGCAGCGAGGGCCCGGCGCGCUCCUCGACCAGCUGA